UUUAUCAUCAUCAGUCAAGCCGUAAUGAAACAUGGCGUCUCAAUGGUCUCAAAGUGGGGUAUCGAAACCUAUGUUCUUGUGACAAAGGUGCCGCUUGACACGUCCCACCGUUGUACGCUUCCGUGACCUGGCCGGUAGAUUAGACGAAAGCACCCAUUGUUAUUUUCUGGAUCGCUUGUGUUUCGCGACGGCAGCUGCCUAACGCUUAAUCUUGUAAAAGUUGAUGUGCCGGGGCGCGUCCAACAGCUGCGUUUGUUUUGGUGCGAGCACCGAAGCGACAAGGAACGGUGAAAGCGCCGAGCUCCUUCGUUACGUAAGGACUCUUGCUGGCAGAGCAUGGCAGAGAAAUCGCCCGUAGGCUCUCCAAACAGGGUGUGCGUCGAGAAGCAGAAGCGCAUAUUCAAGAUCAUCGUGAUUGGAGACACAAAUGUGGGCAAGACGUGUUUGACUUACCGCUUCUGUUGCGGCAAGUUUCCUGCUAAAACGGAGGCUACCAUUGGAGUCGACUUUCGCGAAAGGACAGUGGAAGUAGACGGUGAGCAGAUUAAGCUUCAGCUAUGGGACACAGCUGGCCAGGAAAGGUUUCGCAAAAGCAUGGUACAGCACUACUACCGCAAUGUGCAUGCAGUAGUGUUUGUCUACGAUGUCACGAGGAUGGCAUCCUACCAGAGCCUGCCCCUUUGGGUAGAGGAAUGCGAUGAGCACCAACUCACCUCCGACAUUCCUCGCAUCCUUGUUGGUAACAAGUGUGAUUGCAAAGACAAGGCUGCAGUGAGCACCAACAUGGCACAAAAGUUUGCUGAUAUGCACAACAUGCCCCUCUUUGAGACUUCGGCCAUGGACGAGAGUGAGUCAGACCAUAUAGAGGCCAUCUUCAUGACCUUGGCCCACAAGCUAAAGAACAGCAAGCCCAUGAUGACACCAUCACACUGGCAAUCAGAGGAGCGCUCACUCUCUGUCAUGUUACGUCACACCAAUGAUCGAUCAGAUUCAGACUCUUCGUGUGCCUGUUGAGACUUCGUCGUAUUGAUAGUUCUCUAGCUUUUGUCCAUGGCAUAUGCACAACAUAAUCUGGUCCUUUUGAUUUUGCUUCUGUGGCAGUGCAUUAUGUGUGACCAUAUGCGGACACUAGCAUAUCGAUGUACAGUGGUCGACUGAAGGACAUGUUUAUAUUGCUGCUUUUAAUGCACAUUUUCUUUGGCUUUGACGUACACUUUCUGUCAACAUCACUGUUGUAAAUAUACACAGUGGUCCUUUAUUAAAGGGGACAUGCGAGCACGUGCCCUGUGCUCUGGAGUGGCUGCUUGGAGUGCCAACAAGUGGCAGUAAAAGGAAUCGCAUCCGCUUUUCGCGUUAUAUAUUGGCAGCCAGAAUGACCAGACACGGCUGAAAGGCAGGCGCCUGCUCGUCUCCAUCCCUCGUUUAGAUCGAUGUUCAAGGAACAGGGCCUGCAGCGCAGCAUCUGCUGCUAGCACACUGGAAACUUUGAAGUACCAACAUAUGCCCAGUAGUUAAUAAGUACUCCAAGCGAAAUUUUUACAGCACGCAGCUCUGGCUGCUUGCUUCUUUACAUAGCAUGAAUAAACGUCACCUGAUUCGGAGUGACUCGGGAGAGAGAGCGAUACUCUCGGUUGAAACUUUGACGGCGGUAACUAAACACAAUUAAUUAAGCAAGUGUUGCUAUCACACAAAUAAUGAUGCCUAAUUUAUUCAUAGGCUUAAGUAACGGUAUGAUUGAUACAUUUGCAUGUUCGAUUAUUUCAUUGAACAAUAAUUGAUUAAUUAUUACAUAUUGAUUUAUCUGAAAUGUGUUAAUUAUGCAAUAAUAAUUUUACAUGGCCUUAAUGAUGGUAAUUGUUAAUCUAUUCGUAAUUACUGUUGAUUACAUUACUUUAUCGUAAUCUUAUUUCAAUUAGCCUCCCUACCCUUCAUUAACUGUCACUAUGCUUUAAAAAAUUAUUGUAAUUAAUUUCAUUAAUAUUUUAUUAGCCUAAUUACAACUACCUGUGAGUACUCACUCAUAAUCAUAAACCUCAGGAGUCGUACGAAGUUACAAGGCAUUCUCAUAUAAACACCCACAGUGCCCCAUUUAUACCUACGGCACACAUUGUGUCAAGUUUCAAACAGACGGACAGACAGAUUUCCGAGGGAAGUAGUCCUGGAAUUGUCACCCAUUGAAAUAUGCUGAGAGUACCUAAUAACUACUGGGCAUACCGUAUAUACUCGACUAAGGGCUGCACUCCCACUUUAGAGGGCAAAAUUUUUGGAAAAAAAAUCUAAAUGUCUCACCAGAAAGCAAAGUUAGUUCCGCUGCCGCUAGGUGGCACUAGUUGCUUUUUUGUCAAUGCCACUCAGGCCAGUGCCGCGGUGCCAUUAUUUCUUUGUGUGCCACAUUGUGUCAGCUGUGUUGGCAGUGUUUCCAGUCAGAUCGGUGGCAUUUCGCCUCUAGAGAAGGGAGCCCUGUUUGGGUGAGUAAAAUACAAUAAUAGACAUUUAUAACAUGUCAUUUGCUCCUUUCUUACCCUCUGCUACAGCUGCGAAAUAAGUAUGAACCUUUAAUAGGCCAUCAUCGGCCUCAUUCUUGUAAGAGCCGAAACACAGCCAAGUUUCUAGAAAAAAAAAGGUGCAGCCCUUAUACGAGUAUAUAUGGUAUGUUGGCACUUCCAUGUUUCCAGCGCGCUCGUACAAGCGCAGUUUGCUAGCAACAGGCGCUGCAAGCCCCGCUCCUUGCCUAAGUCAUGUGGGGGAGAGAGUGCAGCUAAGUCCAGCAGGCACUUGCUAUUGGCGAUUCGGCCACCUAUAAAUGAUGCCAAAAGCAGACGUGCUUCCCUUUGCUGCCACUCUAAGCUGCUGCUGCAGAGCGCAGGCCAUGUGCUUGUGUGUUCCCUUUCAUAAAGGACCACCAUGUACAGUGAGGUGAGGCGACUAGAAUGUGUCAAGCUAGCUGUGACCCAUGGUAUUAGAGACAUCAGUAGUUGUACACACAUGCUAAAUUGUGUGUGUCACAUAAUUUGAGGUGCUAAUUACUCUUCGUUUUGGCAUAAUGUGUUUACACACUAAGCCCCUUCUUUAAGCUUUUAACCUAUGCGCAACAGCAGACAAAUGCGUGCCCCAAUGGAAUACCGAUGUGGCAUUGUCUGAAAAAUAUUUACAGCUAAGCUUCCUUUUUCUGUUAUCUAUGUGGCAACAACUGCUGCACACAAUGAACUAAAUGAAAAUGCAAUGAAUUGUUCUAGGUGUGUCUCUGUUUGGCCUUCAUCAUGUAAUGUUGCUUGUUUAUCAUGAAACAGGUGGCAGCUUCUGUGUUGAGUUCGUUAAAAUAUGUAAGCAGCUAUCAAGGUAGAGCAUUUGAAUGCUAGCUCUUGUUGCUGGACUGACUCAGCUCAGAUGAGUUCAGUCUACACAUUUGUUUUAUUGAAUAUUUGAAGACAUGGCAGUAACAUUCCAUGUUGCAUCACUAUCUUUACCUUUCUCAGAUCAGUGUAGCACCAAGGCUGCACCUAUGACCAACUUGAUCUCUUUGCCGUAAUCUCUGCUGCAGCCUCACUAAAGUGCAGGGUGUAGUGCAACAUAAGUCAAUUCAAUUUAGAGAACUGUUGGCUGCUUUUUCCGGUGAUGUUUUUGCACUCUGAUGUCCAUAUUAAAUAAUAAACAAAGAAUUUUGUUGUGACCUGAUUUCCUGUAGUAACAAUUAAACACAAGUACAAUCGAACCUCGUUAUAACAAAGCUGAAGGGAAAGCCGAAAUUACUUUGUUAUAUCCGUUACUUCAUCAUAUACAUUAUUGCCACUAACUCCAAUAUAUGCUCAAUGGGGCGCACAAUUGUAAACAUGGAAUUAAGAAGAUGGCUUUGCGGCCCACAGAACCGCUACACGGUCACGCAUGUGAUGAAAUUUGAAUAAAUCAACAAAAGAAUCUUCGGCGCGUACGACAAGUGACUUAGCACCUGACACAACAGCCUUUAGGUAGCUGCCUUCUGUUCCAUUGUGAUGACCUUUCACAUGCACUUUCCAAUUGGCUUGUCACAAUUUAGCAGCAUGUGGCACACAACACAGCGCUCCGCUGUGGGAUAGAGGAAAUAAGCGAAUUUCGGCUUGUGGCCUCCGAGAUUGCACCGGUGCCAAUCCAAGCUUGGAGGACAUGCCCAGCUGCCAGCCCCCACAGUGUGCCACAGGGAGAUGGCAAAGUGAAUGCAUGGCCUGGGCAUGACCCCCCACCCCCCGAGAUCGUGCUGGCCACCACAGCUGCACCUGCCUGCUUGGCGUGCAAUAGAAGUGAAUGCACUAACUCUUCGCACCGCAGCAUGGCCUGGCUCGUGCAGCCAGGCAAGCACUGUAGAGAGGUCGGUGGAGAAGUGUGAUAGUGUGCUGUUGCUUGUGCGCAGCUAUUCAUGGCAGUGAGAAAGAGCAGUGUUGCUCAAAUGCGUAUUUGAUGCGGGAGUUUCGAAUUGCCAUGGCGAACAUGUGCCGAAUCCCACGGAAAGCGAUGUACUCGGUAUACAACGGUCGGGUAUCUAGCUCAAUGGUCUAUACAAAUUUAGUUAUGUCCAUUGCAAGGACAAUUUCACUUCGUUAAAGCAAGGCUUUAUAUACAUGGAUCUCUGAGAAUUUCAAGGGGAAUUUCAUUUACUUCGUUAUAUCUAUUAUUUCUUUAUAUCCUAUUUCGUUAUAACGAGGUCCGAGUGUAUUGCCAAGUCUGAGCAAUGAGUUACAUUGUAGAUGUGUGCUCUUUUGGAACACUGUGCUGCUCAAUAAUCUUGAUGAAGCUGUGAUGUGCAGUUUGGUGGCAAUAGUUUAAUACUGUGGAGAUUUGGGAUGUUUAUGCAGCUAUAUAUGAAAUUCAGCCAAAUUUACCAUGCAGCCUGAAUUGUUCUUUAUAGGGAUGCUAAAAGCAAGUGACAAAUUUAAAAGGGAAGCUGGCACUAACACGGUGUGGCAUGAACUGCAAGCAGGUACUCAUGCAUGUGCUCAAAGCAUGCUUUAUGUAAAAAGCAGAACACUUUGUUCACUGCUGUCACACUUUCUGUGAGCUGCUUCGCACAGAACUGCAGUGAUCAACGGUUGCAUAGUAUUGUUGACUUUUAAUAAAACAAAACCUUGCAUGCUAUGGUUAUGAGAGACUACCUCACAUACUGUAUUGAGCAGUGCUCUAAGAAUUUAUACCAAAAAUUAUUAAUGGAAUUCCUACUGGCUUCACUUCUUGUCAGUUGUCUUUAGUGUACAAAAUAUUUUAAUGCACUCCCUGUGAUUUUUAGUUUACAUGUCAGUUUGCUGCUAGUAGGCUUAAAUUAAAUGUGCCAGUUUGACUGACACUGACUGAUUUUUUCUAUGAUAAAUCAAGUACUUGGUGGGAGGUAGGCACACCUAUUCUUGUGACCUCAUGCAAUUGAAGUUUUUCCCAUUAUGACUAGCCAUUUGACCUUCCUAGAACCUAAGUUGAGUUCAUAUGUUGUAGUGUAGCAAGACGUGCAAGAAAACUAUGGAAAAUGUGAACAUCAAAUGUUAUAAGUUCCACACGAGACGAGUUCUCACACAAUUGUGCCUGAUGCCAUAAGAUGUCAUUAGCCUUCUGCAUUGCUAGCACUUUGAUGAUCUGGGCUAGAAAUGAAAGCAGUGGUUCUAUGUGAAUGAUGUUCAGACCUGUUUAUGUUUUCUAGGUGGCAAAAAAUUUACUAUAAUGGCAUUUCAGCAAUGGAGCUUUCUUCAGCAAUGUUCAUUGACAGUUACUUCUCUGUUUUAGAAGAAUCUGUACUCAAGUCCUUGCUAUUUGAUAAGUUGCUGUAUAUUGUCAGGUGUACUACAGAGAGAGUGUUAGAGCGGGGUUGAAGAUUAAUAUGCAGAAGACAAAGACAAUGAUAAAUAGCCGGGCAAAGGAACAAGAAUUCAGGAUCACUAGUCGGCCUCUAUAGUCUGUGAAGGAGUACGUUUACCUAGGUCAAUUAAUCACAGGGAACCCUGAUCAUGAUAAGGAAAUUCACAGAAUAAAAAUGGGUUGGAUUGCAUACGGCAGACAUUGCCAGCUCCUGACUGGAAGCUUAGCAUUAUCAUUGAAAAGGAAGGUGUACAAUCAGUGCAUUUUACCAGUGCUGAUAUAUAGGGCAGAAACUUGGAGACUGACAAAGAAGCUUGAGAACAAGUUAAGGACAGCGCAAAGAGCGAUGGAACGAAGAUUGCUAGGCGUAACAUUAAGAGACAGAAAGAGAGCGGUUUGGAUCAGAGAGCAAACAGGUAUAGACGAUAUUCUAAUUGACAUCAAGAGGAAGAAAUGGAGCUGGGCAGGUCAUGUAAUGCGCCGGUUAGAUAACCGUUGGACCAUUAGGGUCACAGAAUGGGUACCAAGAGAGGGAAAACGCAAUCGAUGACGACAAAAGACUAAGUGGAGCGAUGAAAUUAGGAAAUACGCCGGCGCUAGUUGGAAUCGUUUAGUGCAGGACAGGGGUAAUUGGAGAUUGCAGGGAGAGGCCUUCGUCCUGCAGUGGACAUAAAACAGGCUGAUCAUGAUGAUGAUGUACUGAUUCAUGUUGGUACCUCUGUCUAUAAAUAAAAGACUCUUAAACCUUU